AUGCCGUCCUUCUGGCGGCGUCCUUUUCAGAGCAGUGAAGAAUCUCAAUCUACUGAAGUAGAAGAGAGGGGAUCAUCAUCGGACAGUGAUCCAUCCGAGCUCAUUGCCGGAGGCACGCAUUAUGUCGCAGGCAAAGCAGCCAACAACAAAGAGGUAUCCUAUCAAGAUGCCUCUGGUGCACCCGUUGAAGAGUCAUCGCCCUUAGGAUAUAAUGUUGGGCCUAUGACAAUUCUGUUUCUGAACGUGAGUAAGAUGAUCGGCACAGGCAUCUUCUCGACUCCCUCGAGCAUUCUUUCCGGAACCGGCAGCAUCGGUUUGAGUCUGAUAUGGUGGGCUCUUGGAUUUUUAACUUCCACAUGCGCGUUUUCUGUGUAUCUCGAGUUCACAUCCUAUUUUCCUUCGCGGUCAGGAGCCGAGGUGGUGUAUCUCGAGCAAGCAUUCCCACGGCCGCGUUGGCUGAUAUCAACGGCGUUCGCUUUUCAGACAGUGAUUUUGUCAUUCAGCAGCGGAAACUGUUAUGUUUUGGCUGAGUAUAUCUUCAAAAUGUCAGAUCACACCCCUACUGAUUGGCAGUUGAAGGGAGUAGCUGUAGCUGGUUACACUGUUGCAGUCCUUGCUGUGAUUUUGCACAACAGACAUGCGUAUCACUUCGCCAACGUGGUCGGUUUCAUCAAAAUUUCCACGCUGCUCUUCAUAUCCAUUACAGGAUUCGUAGUCCUUGGAGGGCACACCCGCGUUAAGAAUCCGACGGCCAAUUUUCAAAAUUCUUUUCAGGGAAAAGCUACUGCUUACGGAACAACAAACAGUUUAUACAAAAUUAUUUUCUCCUAUGCUGGAUUCGAAAACUCUUUCAACGUUGCCAAUGAAGUCAAGAAUCCCGUGAAGAAAAUUCGUCGCAAUGGCUUCAUUGCCAUAUGCACAGUUACAGUUCUAUACAUUUUGACGGUUGUUGCCUAUUAUUCUGCCGUUCCGAAAGAAGACAUUGUGGGCGGCAAGCUAACUGUCGCCAAUCUAUUUUUCAUAAAUGUCUUUGGAGACAGCAAGGGUAUUAGGGCUCUCAACUUCUUGAUUGCAAUCAGUGCUUUUGGCAAUCUGGUGGCCGUAUUAAUCGGAUCCUCGAGGGUUAUUCGUGAAUGCGGUCGACAAGGUGUCCUCCCAUUCACCAAAUUUUGGGUUUCAACUUAUCCAUUCGGUACCGCCCUUGGACCAUACCUGUUCAAAUAUGUCAUUACUCUCGUAAUGAUCUUAGCACCCCCUGCUGGAGAUGCCUUCAACUUUGUUACUGACCUCGGUGUGUACCCUGGCUCUUUCUUUGACUUCUUAAUGAGUGUUGGUCUUCUUAUUGUACGACAUAAGCGAAAAGCCCUCAAUUUGCCAAGGCCUGUGUUCAAAGCCUGGGAUAUCGCUAUUUAUUUCAGUAUUCUCAAGAAUCUCUACCUACUCAUCAUGCCGUGGUACCCUCCUGCAGGAGGAGCAACUGGUGGCGACGUUAGCUUCUGGUACGCUACGUAUGUAGUUACCUCUGUCGGCAUCCUCGUGGGCUGUGCGGCCUAUUUUUGGCUUUGGGUUCACGGCAUUCCUCGUCUCCGAGGUUACAAAAUCCGAGAAGAAGUGGUUACCCUCGAUGAUGGUGCAAAGAGUCAUAAACUGGUCAAAGUGCCAAAUUCUGAAAUCGAGGAGUGGGACAAGAAGCACGACCAUGCUGGACGCAUCAUCACAGAGGCUAUUGAUCCAGUCGACGAGGCACAGAGUAAAAUCUUGAUUGCAGGAAAGGAUGGCACUUUGUCUACCACACAAUAA